AUGUCACGCCGGAAACAAAAAAGACCGCAGCAACUCAUUAACGGAGACCCAGGGGGCACACUGAUCUUACUGCAAGAUGACCAGUUGGCAGUGAAGUCACCGUCCACUUCUCUUGCGUCAGAGGAAACCUCAUCUUCCCCCUCCUCCUCCCCUCCCUCCCUUCAGGAUAGCCACCCCCCCUUGGCCCCGAGGCCAUCCCCUGGGGGUCUCCACGCCCCCUCCCUCCCGAACGAGAGCUCGUCACCCCCCCACUGGCCCAGUCACAUCGCCCAAUACAGCACCUCUCUCCCCAACACCCACUCCUCCCUCUCCCCGGACUUCCCCCACCCGUCGCUCUCCUCCCAGACCCACUCCUCACCUCCAGCCCUACCCAAGACCAUCCACAUGCCCCGGCACCAGGGCCAUCCCCAUUCUGCCAUGACGUCCCCACAAUUCGGCAUAUCCGCCAACACCACUACCUCCUCCUCCCUGUCUUCCUCCUCGUCCUCUCUCGGGGCUCCCCCCCACCAGGGGAGCCCCAGUCCUGUCCAGCAGGGGCCCUCCAGCCCCCCUGCUGACCUUCCGGGGCAAAUCCAUAUGCCCCCUACCCUGGGGGUGCUGCUGGAGGAGCUAAGGGUGCUUCAGCAGAGGCAGAUCCAUCAGAUGCAGAUCACCGAGGAGAUCUGCAGACAGGUGCUUCGCCUCGGAGGGGGUCUCUUCGGCCCGCAGGACAACCCCCAGGUGCCAGGCGGGUCGCUGGAGGGUCGCCAGAGGUCAAUUGGUGACGGGAUCCCCUCCCCGCCACACUCCUCCUCCGUCAACGCAUCAGCAGUCUCCACAGUGACCUCUCUCCUCUCCUGCAUUCCAUCACUGCUGCAGCAGACGCCUGCGUCCAAGCAGAGCAUCGGCAGCACAGGUGGAAGCAGAGCACCUGCAAUCACCACGGCGUCCUCUCCUCUGUCCACGACCUCUGCCUCCCUCAUGUCCUCAGUCGCGUCCCUUCACCCGCUGUCGCUCUCUCUCGGCCUGCCCGCACGGUACCUCCACGAAAAGUCCCCGAACACGUCUGUGUUUAGCCACACCAAUGGCAUGAACUUCUCCGCAGCUGCACUGAGUGGGUCCAUUCUGACCCAGGAACCUACAGUACCACACAGCGCUGUGAUUGGGUCAUCCACGGGAUCGGGCUCAGGGUCGUCCGGGUCGUCGUCGUCUUCGUCAUCGGCGGCGGCAGCGUUGGCCGGGCGCCAGCAGCAUGUGUGUCGGUACUGCGGGAAGGUGCUGAGCAGCGACUCGUCUCUGCAGAUUCACCUGCGCUCACACACGGGCGAGCGUCCGUACCAGUGCCCCGUGUGCCUGAGCCGGUUCACCACCCGCGGGAACCUCAAGGCCCACUUCCUGCGCCACCGCGAGCAGAACCCCGAGCUUGUCCCGCCCAUCGCCUCCAACGGGGCCUCGCAGAGGAGCAGGAAGCGACGCGCCGAGGCGGAAGAGCCAUUCGGGAUCAAAGGUGCCCUGGGCGUUUCCGAGAGCAUGGCGCUGGGGUUCCUGUCCGCCUCGACGGGCCGUCCCUCGCCGUCGUCCUCCCUUCCGCUGCCCCCCAGCGUGGACAUGGCGCUGUUGUCCACAGCUCACUCGCUGCUGCAGCUGAACCGAGCCUCCUCUGCUGCCGCCGCAGCCGCUACCACUAUGGGUCUACACUCCUCUUCCUCUUCCUCGCCCUCCUCUUCUAUCGCCGGCCAGAUCAAAGGUGCAAAGCAGCAGCGGUUCGACGAGAACACCCCGCCACACCCCGCCCUGCUUUCGGGGUCCCCCUACUCCCAGCUUGCGCACCUUCCCAAAAUCCUCUUCCCCACGGCUGCACACCACCACCCAGGUUUGGCUCUCAUGCACCCCUCACUCCCGUCUCCCCACGGCCAGCUCACCUUCCCCUUCUCCCCUUACCCGAAACCCCAGGCCUCCUCAUCCCCCUCCUCCACCUCCCCGUCGUCCUCCUCCGUCACCUCGGACACCACGAAGCUCCAGAGGCUGGCGCAGAAGCUGGAGAAGCAGCCACACGGGGGCGCUGGAAUGCACAGCUUCAGCGGAGCCUUGACCAUGGCCACCGCCAGCCAGUCCUGUGACGUCACCUCCACGAGCUCAUCCUCGGCCUACCGCCGGGAGAUGAUGGCUGCGUUGGGUCUCAACCCAAACAUGAACCACCAGGCCCUCGCCACCACCACCACCACCAGUCCAUCCAUGCCCACGCUGUCCCCAAACCAGUGUGGGGUGUGCCUGCGCGUGCUUAGCUGUCCGAGGGCCCUACGUCUGCACCAGGCCACUCACUUAGGGGAGCGUCCGUUCCCUUGCAAGCUGUGUGGGCGCUCCUUUUCCACCAAAGGCAGCCUGCGUGCCCACAUGGCCACCCACCACUCUCGCCAGGCCAACGCCCGGCCACAGAACUCCUGCCCGCUGUGCCAGCGCAAGUUCACCAACGCUGUCGUGCUGCAGCACCACAUCCGCAUGCACCUCGGGGGCCAGAUUCCCCCCGACGGGAAUGCCGAGGAGGAGGACGCUCUGGUGGGUCCCGAAAGAUUGAAGGAGGAUCCAGUCAACCUGAGUGCUGGCACCCCACUGAACAGCCUGCAGGUGCAGCCUCUCGACCUGGGCAGCACCAAGGCGCCCCUUAUGCUUUCUCCUCCUCUUCUGGAAGGAUCCGUUUCCAGAGAGACCUCGCCGGCCGAUCUGAGUGUGAAAUCCGAUUCGGACCAGGGUAAUGUCUCUCCUGGCACCAGUCCAGUUCUCUUCGAUGAGAAGGAGAAACAAGACCCCUUGUCCCUGGUUAUGCGGCCUCCCGUACUCAGCAGUCCACCCGUCGCCUCCUCACCCGUGACGCUGGAGCCAUGCAGUGACGCACAGUCCGACAUCCCUGGCAGUUACCGUGGUUCGCUGUCGAACUCGCACGCCAUCCAGGAAGACAGCAUUGAGGAGGAUAUGGCUCCUUUGUCACUUUGUGUCCGGCCAGACCGUUUGGACUCUGAGAACGUGUCGUCUUGUGCUAAAAGCCCUGUCCUGGCAGUGAAUGCUGUCGUCAAGGCUGCUGUCGUCAAGGCUGCUGUAGUGUCCACUGCCGACCCGCCCAGUGCGCUCACACCUCCCUCUAGUCCCAGCUCCGACCCAGAUGCAAACGAUGGCCCGAGCAGCCCAGCAAAACCCACUGCUGAGUCAGAACCAGACAAGAAUGCCUCCCCCCCGAAAACAGCCGAGUCAGCAUCUGACACUGCUCCCAUGACGAUUCAAAAUGGAGUCCGUGCCCCGGAGGAGGCAGGAGAUGGAGAGAUGAUGAUGGAGGAAGAAAAGGAGAAGAAGGUGAAACCGGAAGAUUCCUCCUCAGCGAUCGCCGAGCCCAGGAGAGAGGAAGCGGAAGCCCCGGCGAAGGCUGAGGAGACCGGGAGCGAAGGGAAGGGAUCAGAAGGGACAGAGCCUGUGCAGCCGGUCACCCCGGUCAAAACCCCCAAAGCCUCGCCGGUCACCCCAGGCAAAACCCCCAAAGCCUCGCGGCCAGAGAAGCCCUACAGCUGCAGCCAGUGUGGGAAAGAGUAUGCCAGCCGCAGUGGGCUCAAGGGACACAUGAAGGUUCAUUCUGGGACAGUAAGCAGUGGGCCCGCUUCUCUCGGACCUGCAGGACUUUCUUCCAACACUGGCAAGGACACUUUGGAAGACCAGAGUGCAAUCUCAGCCAAUGGCAGUGUAGCAGAGGAGGACACAGAGAAGUCAUCGGCCAAUCAAGAUAAGAAUUGUUUAUCUGAUGAGCCAAUGGAUACCACCGUUGUUGCAGAGGCGGCUGAGUGACGUGAGGAUGUGGACUAAAACCGAAUGUGACUUGUUUUGUUUUUUGUUUUUGAAAAUAGUUUUUUUUUUUUUUUACUGCUCUUUUUGUGGGAAAAUAUCUUUCUAUUUGUAGAUUAGACCUAGAUCUUCCCUAGUGUGCUUAUGUUAGGAUUGCAUGGUAUGUAGCAAAUUUGUCAACAUGGUUACAUUAGUGCCUUUUCUCUGAAGACAAUGGGAUCAUACUGAAACAGGUAGACUGCCUCCUGAAGAGAUAAAAAAAGAGGAGUCACAAUUCAGAGUCACGUAAACAAAUUAAGGUCCGUGUUUUCUCAUCCUAAAGGUGACCAAAACUUGAAUGACCAUUUUACCCCCCACCCCAAGUAAGGUUAAAAAGGGAUUGUCAGUUAAUUUACUUGGUUGUAUGAUUGUACCUCUCCUGUUGUGCUGCUAUAGACUAACUGCUGCCGUGUUUGUAGUUUUAAAGGGUCCACUCUGAUGUGUAAUGUUUAUACCUUAUUUUCUAAGGGAUGUGAUGAUGAUGAGGAUGAUGAUGAUGAUGGAAACGUUUUGAAACCAUUGAAUGGUACAUUUGACUUUUUCCUGCAUAAGAACUUGAAAAUUUCUUGCCUGCACCCACUGUGCAGGUUUUAAAGCUUCCAAUAUUUACAACAUCAGGUGCAAUAGGUAGCAUUGCCAACAUGAAAGACAACAACAUUUGGUAAGCAAAGUUUUUCACAAUUAAUUAUUGUAAUGAAUCACCUUGUGAAGGUGUGUGCAAGUGAUGGACGCUGCCCAUGUUCCUGAGAAUAAUUUUCAGGACGCAGGGGGAUGUUUCCAAACAAACACUUCAAUCACUGUCCCAUUCAAUUCCACGGUUUAAAAGCUACACCUCCUGCAUUACUUGUCUUGAAGGCAGUCCUGCCUAUUGCACCUUUCACUCACCACCAAGCUCCUGAAACUCCAGAGCCUAUGGAUAUUUCCUACCUGGCAGAGGCAGCGUCAGGACACUGGAGAACAUGGCUGGCCUCGCUGGAGAACACGGCUGACCUCACUGGAUUUACCGUGUGUUCCUUCCUCUCACAAAGCACUUGAGAGACGCAAUGACUGUUUGUGCGUUCAGGCAGCUGGGAAUUGGGAAGGUUCCCAUUUCGGAACGUCCCACUUCCAAGUUGAGAGCGUUCGCAUAAUUACAACAAGCAGACGACGGUAUUGUUCCGAGUUUGACAGGCGUUCAGGUUCCCACUCAGAGGUCGGAACUUUCCCACUUCCCAGUUGCUCAUGAACGCACCGUACGCUUUCUACUCGAGUUUCCGCACUGUACCCUACUUAGUCGUGGUAGAUUUUUAAAAGAAGUUGUAGAUGUUGUUGUCGUGAAAACGAUUAAAGCAAUAAUGAUGAAUCCUCACUUC